AUGAAUGAAUCUAAUCAACAACAAGCUAAUGAUUGGCUGAAGGUAUUAAAUCUUCAACCGCACCCUGAAGGCGGCUUUUAUUGCGAAACAGAUCGUAGCAAGGACGAAUGCAAACUCGAACGUUAUGAAAACCAGACACGAGCAUGUUCAACGGCGAUCUAUUAUCUACUGAAACUGCCCGAUUCACCAAAAAGUCACUUCCACCGUAUAAAAGCAGACGAAAUAUGGCAUUUUUACCGAGGUUUACCAAUAACUAUCCAUGUGCUAGACGAAGAAAAAUCUUCUCAUACUGAAUAUAUACUUAGCAAUGACUUGGCUGACAAUCGUGAUGCGCGUCCACAAAUUCUUAUUCCGUAUGGUAAAUGGUUUGCUGCUGAAAUUCUGUCGAAAAAUAUUGGAGAUGAUAAUGAUAAUUAUACAUUAUGUGGUUGCACUUGUACACCAGGUUUCGAAUAUCAUGAUUAUGAAUUAGCCAAGCGGUCCGAAUUGAUUGACAAGUUUCCCCAAUUCAAAGAUCUGAUUAUUCGUCUGACAAGAAGCGAAUAG